GGCGCGGCGGCUGUGACGUCACGUGUUUACAGCGGGAACCAGGAAGUGGCGGCUCGGCGCAGGCUGGCGAGGAUGCCAAGCACCAUGUAGUGCUUCACACGGUCCCUGCGGAGGAAAACAUGCCACUUUUGGAUUUUCUCCUCCUCUUCGCCUUUGCAAACGCGACAUUUGGAGACGAUGGGGAGGUGACGUUUGUAUCGGAGCUCUCGUCCAAGACAGCUCAGAAGUUGUCCAAGUAUGGUUGGUAUGGAAACGCAAGGCUGCAAAGGUUUCAUAUACCGGAGGAGACCGCCGUCGCCCGCUGGAUGUUCACUGUCAAGAAGGGCCACAGCUUUCACUGCGCAGAGCGGAAUGUCACCGUCUACAUUCGGCAGAGUGCCCCUCCGGUCGUGAACCCGACUGGCGCCGCUUUUCCAAACAUGACGCUGUGGAGGCCCUCUCUCUCUCUGAGCCUCGCGGUCACCUCAGUCAGCUUAGCGACCUUCAACGUCUCGAACCCCGCACCCGGGGACUGGUUUGUUGCCGCCCACCUGCCUGAAGAUGAUGGGCGCAUUGAGCAGAAGGGUUUCCCAUCCUGUUCCUACUUUUUCCAGCCUCAGCUGUCGGUCAGGAGGGCAGUUGACACACCCGUUAUGCAAACGGGAAUGUUGCUCCGACAGACCGCUACCGCUAACAAGCCCGCACGCCUUAAGUAUGAGGUCAAUGUGCGAUUGUGUCUCACCAUUGAACUCGCAAUUGCUACAAAGAAUGUGCCGUGCGUUUGUGUGUUUAGGUUGUACGUUCCGCAGUUUGCCUCGUCUCUUUCCGUGUCUGUGGCUGAUUGUUCCUCAGCAGAGGUGGCAGGGAGUGCAUUGUGUUCUCUGGUCCUCAGCCUGGGCUCAGACUCUCUACUGGAUGGUCCAGUAAGAGUGAAAUGCUCAGGGACUCUUUGCUCUGCGUCUCUCACCAACCCGCCUUGGGACACUUGGUUACGUGUUGUCGUGGAGAGCAUUGAAGACAGCGGCACAGUGAUGUUCAGCAUCGUGUCACAGUACACCGAGGGGUGUAAGCCGAAAAGCGUAGGUCUUGCAGCUGAUGAUGUCAGCGGCCUCCAUGGCAACAGCAGCAACGCCAACUCCGAGUCCUCAGCAGCGAGCAACAGCUCUGCUGCGAUCGAGAUUGAACCGGGAUCGCCGCUGUUGUCGCCUUCGGCGUGCGUGUGGAGCGUCCCGGUUCACUCCGAGGAGGACGAUGUUCUCUCACUCCAAUUCACUCCAGUCAAUGGACCCAGUGUCAGCGUCAGAGCAACCCGGCCCACACUCCUCACGUACCCACUCCCUGCGCAAGUCACCGGCGGGACACUCAACCUGCAGCUCACACUCAACACCACAAAUGUAACACUGGGGAACAGCAGCAGUGUGGUGGCGUGCCUCUCUCCCCGAGCGCCAGUCCUCCAACUCGGCAACGACUUCCCAUGCCGCACAGCUUUGUUUGGAGGCUAUGGCCUUAAGGUGAACACCAGCUUUCCCAAAUCUGUGGUUCGGCUGCCUUUUCCUGCGUCAACGGCGUGGUACCUCACUCUGCAACUCCUGUGCGACAGUGACUGCGGCAGUGUGUCUGCGGUGUCCGUGGAACCGGAGGUUUUUGUCAGCGCCUGUGUCGAGGACUGUGGGGCAUUUGGGGAAUGCAGACUGCUCAGGUCCUACAACUACCUAUACAGUGCCUGUGUGUGCAAGGCUGGUUGGAGGGGUUGGGGCUGCACAGACGGUUCAGCAGCUCAGUCGUUCACCUGGCAGUUGGCGGCCACGCUGCUGCUCACGCUCAGCAACGUUGCCUUCCUGCCGGCAAUUGCGGUGGCCGUCAAACGCUGCUACGUCACCGAGGCGUCCGUUUACCUCUUCACCAUGUUCUUCUCUACGUUUUACCACGCCUGUGACCAGCCGGGUAUUGCCGUGCUGUGCAUAAUGAGUUAUGACACCCUCCAGUACUGUGACUUCCUGGGGUCUGUUUGUUCCGUAUGGGUCACCAUUUUGUGCAUGGCUCGCCUCAGGAACACGGUGAAAUAUACUCUGUUUGUUCUCGGGACUCUGCUGAUCGCCAUGUCAAUGCAGCUGGACCGCAAAGGUCUGUGGAACCUGCUGGGCCCCAUCCUCUCCGCCAUAAUCUUCAUGGUGGCUGUCUGGGUGUACCGAGGAAUUAGGCGUCGCCAUUGUUACUUCCCGUCCUGGCAGAGGUGGGUCUUCUACCUUAUCCCCGGAGCACUCUGUGCUCUCGUCGGGGUGUGUUUGUACAUCUUUGCGGAGACUGAGGACAACUACUACUACACGCAUUCAAUUUGGCACAUCCUCGUGGCCACUUGCGUGGUGUUCCUGCUGCCGCCCCGUGGAGGGAGCCUGGCUGCCGUCAGUUGGACCCAAGGAUGGCGGCCGGAUUGGAAUUGGACGUGGCGCUGGACUCCUCGCGUUUGUGGAAACACGCUUUGCCCGAGCAGCAAAGAUGAACUCUACACUGUCACAUAAUGACACUGUCACACGGAUUCUGUCAAAUUGUCACAGAAGUCGACACGCUUUAAAAAUGGAGAGUGCUCUUCUGAAAUUUUGUAGGCCUCCUCACUCGGUCCUCACCUUAGCCUCAACAAUGCCUGCUGUCUUUUCUUUGUUUGUUUUUUUAAAUAACUUUUAAGUACUGUCCUCACAACUUUGUGCAACUUUGCAAAGCUCUUGUAAAUGCCACUUAUUCAUUUCAUUACCUCCUGAUCCAUUGAACCAGCUUAACCACAAAAGAGGUUUGUACAUAUUGUUUAUGGCGCUCUUAUGCAUAUUUGGUAGUCGUUAUACGGUAUGCUCCAAAUAUUUAUAAAUGCUGUCACUUUAAAAUGUUCAAUUCCUGCUAAGUAAUGGUGUUCGUGCUUGUUUGUCGAUAUGUGCCCCGUGGUUCAGGGUGCAGUCUUGCUUCUGCCUGAAGUCGGCUGGGGCCGGCUCCCCGCAACCCUGAACAGGACAAGCGCUAUGGAAAACAGAUGAAGUCGACCAGCCGCUUUAUGACUUUUGAUUUUCACGAUGGCGGGAGGCAGGUUCACACGUCAGCUGAAUGAUUCCUGCCAGGUGUGUUCAUGUCGUACUCGUUCUGAAGCACUUUUAUGAUUUAUGUGAGUUGGGGCAGCUCUUCUGUUCAAAUGGGAACUUGAAUGUAUGUAUGUAUGUGCCUCCCUUUUUUCUCGAGUGUCUUGUGUGUUUUCGUCUCGCCUCAGUUAUUCCGGAUUUUGUUUUAUGCAAACGAUUUAUAUGUUCUCCUUAUUUUGUCAAUUUCAACACACUCAUGUUUUGCUCCUCCAAUCUUGAAAACCAAUCUUAGCUUCCUUACAGACGUCUUAGAGCAGACGUGUCAAAUUUUUGUCGUGGGCCACAUUGUAGUUUCCCGCAGAGGUCUGUUAUAACUGAAACCAUGGAAAUGUUUACUUUUCAUAUACAUACACACACACAACAAGUAGUUUUGAAAUCAGAAGUCAACAAGUCGGUGUAACUAUUGUUCAGGUUACUGUAAAAUGGGGUUUGGUAACAAAAAAAAAGCUCACAGUAUCUCAACGUUUAGUAUUGAUUACAUUUGACAAUUUAAAAUGAGAUUUUAGCAAGAAUCAUGGACAUUGACACACCUGAUUUGCUUUUGCGGUCCACAUCAAAUGUGGCUCCCGGUCUUUGAGUUUGACACCUCUGCCUUCGCCUGUCUUUCUUUGUGCACGUUUAAGAGCGAAUCGCAUGAAGAGACCAGCGAACCUCUACCUCCCUGCACAGUUACUAAAUGAAUGUUUGACAGACCAAAAACCAAUCUGUUAACAGCAUUGUGCUUUUUGUUGUAUUGUUCUGUUCAUUCAUGUAACAUUUUUAAAAGGACUUUGUGCCCAGGGGAGGCUAUUUCA